AUGUUCAUCAUGCUGUUUGGUUGGUUUCUUGGUUGGUUUCUCCACAUCCAAGUCUUCUCCAUCGUCAUCGGAGCCAUCCCAAUCAGGAGUCCAGUCAUCCUUAGAAAACUGUUCGCCUCGGCUCGUCAGGCAUCGAUUUUUGAUUUUCAGCAAGUGGACACUUCAACGAAUGUGCCGCCUGUUCCCCCGUCCUCGGCUCGUCAGCCAUCCAUUUUCGAUUUCCAAAAGCCUAACAACCCUGCACCAGCCUCGGCUAAUAAAGGAUCCCCUUUCGAUUUUCAAGUCCAUCGUUCAUUUACCCCGGCCUCGGCUGUUCAGCCUUCCAUUGAUUUUCAAACACCUGGCACGUCUGCUCCAGCUCCUGCCUCUGACAAACCAGGCAUGUCUUCCCCUGGCGCCUCAAGGUCCAAUAGUACUCUGGGAUCACGGAAGUAUCUGACGAAAUCACAAGAGGCCAAAUUACGACUCCAGGGCCAAGGAGGAGCUGCCAUUCUGCCAACUCGGCCAGGCGAUGCCUUCGUUUUCGGCCCGGCUCCUGUCUUCGUCUACACUCAAGAGAGGACAACACCACGCCCACCACCUUCGACCGAAUUGUUGGACUUGGAUCCAAACUCCCCACGUGCAAGGGGUUUAUGUCGCAAGUACAAUAUCAAGGUUGUGUCUGAUGACAGCAUUGGUGAUCGCACGGGCGUGGUAGCCAAGGUCGUUCAGGCAAUUGGCAAAGUGUGGGAAAGAGCUAUGGACCCCGAGGCUUCAUCCAACCCUUUGAUUAGGAAUUUGCAGGCCGCCUUUGAUAAAUUGUUGACGAGGGGAGAUGAGUUUACCGAGAUGGAUCGUAUGGACCUGCAUAGCGACAACGAGCCAUUAUUGGUAUGUUUUGGCCACCUUCAAAUCGAUUCAGACCGUGAUCUGGUUGCAGCAAUGGACGCUACUUUAGAAGGACUACGGCCAUUCAUCCCAGACGAGAUCCCAGACAAGGGGAAGGGGAGGGACAAAAGGGAUGGACCAGGGUUUAAGUAG